AAUGAGGAGAGAGUGGAACAAGUGUGGGAGCAGGAUCUGGAACCUCGCCGUCCUAGUGUUCUACACUGCUUUCUUCUGCACAGGCUUUCUGCAUCCGCACGCCACUGAUGUUUGUUCGAGCUGUCACGUCAAUGCCAUAUGCAUGAGCAAGAAUGGGACCAACGCCUGCAUCUGUAACUUUGGAUUCUCUGGAAAUGGAAUAGAUAUCUGUUCAGAUAAAGAUGAAUGUCAGUUCGGAUCUGGGAAGAUCUGUGGGUUACAUGCUGCUUGUAAUAACACCCAUGGCAGCUACUAUUGUACAUGUAAUGAAGGAUACAAACCAUCCAACAAUAUGAGUUCAUUCAUCCCUAAUGAUGGAACACAUUGCACAGCUAUUGACUGUGGAACACCUCCAAUUUUACGGAACGCAUUGUGGUAUCCCCCAGUUAACACAACCUAUGGAAAUAUAGUAACCUAUCAGUGUGCUCAUGGCUAUAAGAACGUGACAGGAAACACCAGCUUAAUAUGUUCCAUUCUGGGCCAUUGGGAAGGACAGCACCUGGAGUGUGAAGUUAUUGACUGUGGGUCACCACCAGUUUUGGAGAACACGGUGCAACUUCCGUCAGAGAACACAACUUGCGGCAGCACCGUGAUGUACAGGUGUCUGGCUGGAUAUGUGUAUGCAGGAGGAAACACUACGUUAGUCUGCUCUGCCCAGGGUCAGUGGGAAGGACAAAAGCUGGAGUGCAAAGCUGUCAAUUGCGGCUCUCCCCCAGCGUUACCGAACACAGCGAGGUACCUACCGGGGAACACGACCUAUGGCAGUACGGUGAAAUAUCACUGUGUGGAUGGCUAUGUACGUGUGACUGGGAUCAGCUCAUUGCUCUGCUCUGCCCAGGGUCAGUGGGAAGGGCCAAAGCUGGAGUGUCAAGCCGUUGACUGUGGAUCACCCCCUGAUUUACAGAACACAGUGCACUGCGUGCCAGAUAAUACAACCUAUGACAGUACGGUGGAAUACCAGUGUCUCACUGGCCACAAGCGUGUGAGAGGAAAUGACACAUUAGUCUGCUCUUCCCAGGGACAGUGGGAAGGACCAAACCUGGAGUGUGAAGCUGUUGAUUGUGGCUCACCUCCAGAGUUACAGAACACAGUGCCCUACUCUCUAAGCAAUACCACCUAUGGCAGUACAGUCCAGUACCAAUGUCUGGCCGGCCAUGUGCGCGUGAGAGGAAACAGCACAGUAACCUGCUCAGCUCAGGGUCAAUGGGAAGGACCAAGCCUGCAGUGUGAAGCUGUUAACUGUGGCUCGCCCCCAGAGUUACGGAAUGUAGUGCGAUACUCACUGGGUAACGUGACCUAUGGCAGCACAGUGGAGUACCGGUGUCUGGCUGGCCAUGUGCGUGUGAGAGGAAAUGACACAUUAGUCUGCUCUGCCAGCGGACAGUGGGAAGGACCAAACCUGGAGUGUGAAGCUGUUGACUGUGGCUCACCCCCAGCUAUAGCAAACACACUGAGGAACCCACCACCAAACACUACCUAUGGAAGCACAGUGGUGUACCAGUGUCUGCCUGGCUUUGAUCAUGUGAGAGGAAACUCAACAUUAGUCUGCUCUGCCCGGGGUUUGUGGGAAGGACCAAGCAUGAAUUGUCAAGUUGUUGACUGUGGCUCACCCCCAUCUUUAGAAAACACAUUGCAAUAUCCACUGAGAAACACAACCUAUGGCAGUGAGAUAGAGUACAUGUGCCUGGCCGGAUACGUAUAUGUCAGAGGAAACACAACAUUAGUCUGUUCUGCUGAGGGUCAGUGGGAAGGCCCAAAGCUGGAGUGUGAAGCUGUUGAUUGUGGAACACCGGCACCCAUACCAAAUGCGCGGUCACCACGUGUCAGAGAGACGACUUACGGAACUGAAGUCCAAUACCGCUGCAGGACUGGUUUUGUGAGAGGAGGAGGAAAUGGCACAAUGAUUUGUUCCGAGACGGGUCAGUGGGAAGGAGCACACUUCAAUUGUACAGCUGUUGAUUGUGGAACACCGGCACCCAUACCAAAUGCGCGGUCACCAUGUGUCAGAGAGACGACUUACGGAACUGAAGUCCAAUACCAUUGCAGGACUGGUUUUGUGAGGGAAGGAGGAAAUGGCACAAUGAUUUGUUCCGAGACGGGUCAGUGGGAAGGAGCACACUUCAAUUGUACAGAGAUUGACUGUGGGAUUCCUCCAGCCGUGCCACAUGCCAACAUUGCCUCUUACCACAGUACAAGACUGGGAAGUGUUGCCCACUAUCGCUGUAGGGAUGGAUUUUAUGCUGUGUCUGGAAGCAAUGUGUCCAUAUGCAAGCAAGAAGGACAAUGGGAAGAAAUUACACUGGUGUGUCAAGUUAUUGAUUUUAUUCUGUAUAAUGCAUCAUGUUUGAAGUGGAAAAGAGAUGGAGUUGGAACUAGAUCUAAGGACACAUAUUUAUUUCAGAUACAAGGGGAGCGAGUCUAUCAAAGGGAGUUCUUUUACAAAAAGUCAUUUAAUUAUAGUACAGCAGAUGACUCCCCUGCAAUAUGUUUGGACCUACAACCAGGGACCAACUAUACAGUGAAUAUCACAGCUCUUACAUCACAACAUUCUGCAUGUAUACAGCUCUCAAUGGCAGUUACAGACCCUCCAGUUCCUGAUAUACAAGUCCUUGUUGUAGAGCGAAUACUUCCUCCGCUCAUCCUUCGAAGAGUAGAAAGUAAGAAUGGACCCAUUAGCCUUUAUCAGGUCAUUGUUUUACCAUUGAAUUUGCAACAUUCGUUCAAUUGCAAUUCCCAAAAUAUAAGAGAUUUCUUUGGCCACCAAAAAGACACGGAAGCAUACAUCACAGCAGAAUUCAUUGCAAUGGAUGUUCAGGAUGGGAUGCUGUUUUCUGUCGGAGACCGGCUGUACUACAGAGAUUUUUAUAAUGCUGCUUUAGAGGCUGGCAAGAACUAUUCUUUUCUGUUGAAAAUUAUCAGUGAAUGGAAUUAUGUGAAGAAACAGUCGUGUGUGACUUUGGCACAAUUAAAAGGCUCAUCAAACAAUGUGCAGACAAUGACGGUUUUGGGACUGGGUUCUUUGGGAAUGGUUGGAUUCAUUCUGCUUCUCGGCUAUUCCAUGGCGUGGGGUUUCAAGACAGGAUAAUAGCAGAGAUGCCGAAUAUCACAUAGUCUUGAGAACAAAAUCUAAUCAGAUAAUCAGGGCAGAACUGAGAGACCAUACAUGGUUGGAAGUGUUGACUGUUUGAAGAGAUCUUACACUGAAGCCUCGACUGUCCUCCCAACUGCAUGUGAAAGAGACCACUGCAAUAUUCCAAGGAGCAAGGGAAUUCUCAGCUUCAACCAAAGCUUCAAAUCAGAUGAUCUAGUUGUUGACACAAGAGAUUUGGUAGGUGCUGGAAAUCCAGAACAACACACACAAACUGAUGGAGAAACUCGCUAAGUUAGGCAGCACCUAUGGAGAGGAAUAAACAUUUGACGUUUUGGACCGAGACCCUUCAUCAGAACUGGAAAGAGGGAAGAAGCCAAAAUAAGAAGGUGGGGGAGGGGAAGCUGCACAUCCUGUCUGAGGUGGUU